AAAUCAAAACAGACUAACAAACAUUUACCAUUUCAAUAAUCUAUUAUUAUUUUAAAAAAUAAGCAAGAAACCAAAUAAAGUUGGUUUCUUUUCAUUUUGUUUGGUUCAAAUUUUGUAUAUAGCUUCUCUUUUUUGUUUUCACUCCUCACUCAGUGGGCUUCGCUGGACAUCAACUUUAUCCCACACUCUCUCAACUUUCCUUCUUCUUCUUCCUUUUUCUUCUUGUUUCUUUAUCACCAUUUGUGUUUUAUGCUCUCGUUCCUCUGAAAAACAGUGUGGUUCAUCACACUUUUGAAUGAAAGAUGGAGACUUGCCUUCUCCAAUUCUUUCUCCUUUUUUCCUUUCUGCUUCUUCUUCUUCAACCCUCUUCAGCUCAGAUGCCAGGUUUUGUGAGUUUGAACUGUGGAGGCAAAACAGAUUUCAUUGAUGAACUUGGGUUGGUGUGGACUGCGGAUGAUAAUUUGAUUUUUGGAGAACCGGCAAUAAUAUCCGUUGCAAAUGAGACAAGGAAGCAAUAUAAGACACUGAGACAUUUCCCCGCGGAUUCCAGAAAGUAUUGUUAUACUUUGGGUGUCACAAGUAGGACAAGGUAUCUUUUAAGAGCAACAUUCUUGUAUGGAAACUUUGACAACAAUAAUGUCUAUCCCAAGUUUGAUGUUUCUGUUGGAGCAACUCAUUGGUCCACGAUUGUAAUUUCUGAUGCUAAUACCAUAGAGUCUAUAGAAAUGAUAUUUCUGGCUUCAGGUCCUACAGUUAGUAUGUGCUUAUCCAAUGCUACAACAGGGCAGCCGUUCAUAUCUACUCUUGAGCUUCGACAGUUCAAUGGUUCAAUGUAUUAUACGUCAUUCGAAAACCAGUUUUAUCUAAGUGUCUCUGCAAGAAUCAAUUUUGGUGCAGUUAGUGAAGCUCCGGUUAGAUAUCCUGAUGAUCCAUUUGAUAGAAUAUGGGAAUCCGACUCUAUUAAGAAAGCAAAUUACCUUGUUGAUGUUGCUGUUGGUACUGUGAAAAUAUCAACUAACAUGCCAAUAGAUAUCAGUAAUGAUGAAAGGCCUCCCGAGAAAGUAAUGCAGACUGCUGUAGUUGGAAUGAAUGGAUCACUAACCUAUCGGUUGAACUUGGAUGGUUUUCCUGGUUUUGGGUGGGCAGCGACGUACUUUGCAGAAAUUGAAAAUUUGGCUCCUGAUGAGUCCAGGAAAUUCAGGCUAAUACUCCCAGGCUACCCUGACAUGAGCAAACCUAUUGUUAAUAUUCAAGAAAAUGCUCAAGGGAAAUACCGUCUGUAUCAACCAGGAUAUCCAAACAUAUCACUCCCCUUUGUAUUGUCUUUUAGAUUUGGGAAGACUUCUGAUUCCUCAAGAGGUCCACUCUUAAAUGCUAUGGAGAUGAACAAAUAUCUAGAGAAAAAUGACGGUUCACCAGAUGGAGAUCGCAUUGCAAGUGUCAUUUCACUCUACAAAACGGCAGAUUGGGCGCAAGAAGGUGGUGACCCAUGUUUGCCAGUGCCAUGGUCUUGGUUGCAGUGUAGCUCAGAUGCACGACCAAGGAUAGUCAAAAUCUCAUUGUCUAGCAAGAACUUGACAGGAAAUAUUCCUUCAAACUUGCCAAAGUUGAAUGGUUUAGUUGAACUAUGGCUUGAUGGAAAUUCUCUGACUGGUCCAAUUCCUGAUUUUACAGGAUGUGCAAACUUGGAGAUCAUCCAUCUCGAGAACAAUAAAUUGACGGGUGAGCUGCCUUCCUCUUUGGUCAACCUACCAAAUUUAAGAGAACUGUAUGUGCAAAACAAUUUGUUAUCUGGAACCGUGCCAUCAGGACUUCUCGACAAAAACAUAGUUUUCAACUACUCUGGAAACCCUAAUAUUCACGGAGGAGGCAGAAAAAGAAAGCAAAUAGGUAUCAUUAUCGGUUCAUCAGUCGGAGCAGCAGUUCUGCUGAUAGCCACAAUAACAUCUUGGUUUUUCAUACCCAGAGGAAAGAAAGGGAAUUCUGAUUAUGAGCAUCAAAGACUUCCCCCACCAGUUCAAAGACUAGUUUCUACCUUGAAUGAAAAUCCUUCUGAAGGAUCAUAUUGCUUUUCAUUCGCUGAGAUCCAAGAGGCUACAAAAAAGUUGGAGAAGAAAAUAGGCUCCGGAGGUUUUGGAAUUGUAUACUACGGGAAACUGAAAAAUGGAAAAGAAAUUGCAGUGAAAGUGCUGACAAAUAAUUCCUUCCAGGGAAAGAGAGAGUUCUCAAAUGAGGUGAUUCUUCUCUCAAGGAUACAUCACAGAAACCUGGUGCAGUUUCUUGGGUUUUGCCAAGAAAAUGACAGAAGUAUGCUUGUUUAUGAGUACAUGCACAACGGAACUCUCAAAGAACAUCUCUAUGGCUCACAAGGAAAUGGUAUUGGUUGGAUGAAGCGCCUUGAGAUUGCCGAAGAUGCAGCUAAAGGGAUUGAAUAUCUUCAUACAGGCUGUGUUCCUGCUAUUAUCCAUAGAGAUUUAAAGACAAGUAAUAUUCUUCUUGACAAACUCAUGAGAGCAAAAGUUUCGGACUUUGGUCUUUCAAAACUUGCAUUGGAUGGAGUUUCACAUGUCUCGAGUGUCGUUCGGGGCACAGUUGGGUAUCUGGAUCCCGAGUACUACAUCUCUCAGCAGUUAACAGACAAGAGCGACGUUUACAGUUUUGGUGUCAUUCUUCUUGAGUUGAUGUCCGGAAAAGAAGCUAUAUCAAAUGAAUUCGGCCCUAAUUGCCGCAAUAUCGUUCAGUGGGCAAAGUUACACAUAGAGAGUGGCGAUAUCCAAGGAAUAAUUGAUUCUUCACUGGACGGUGAGUACGAUAUACAAUCAAUGUGGAAGAUAGCUGAGAAAGCUUUAAUGUGCGUGCAGCCGCACGGACACAUGAGGCCGUCAAUUUCAGAAGUUAUGAAGGAAAUCCAAGAUGCUAUCGCAGUCGAAAAGGAAGCUAUGGCAGUGAGAGAAUGUAAUAACUCAGAUGACAUGUCAAGAAAUUCUGUACAUUCUUCCCUCAACUUAGGUUCCUUGGAAUUUGGUGGAACUGAGAAUUAUCUAUCCCUCGACGAGUCGGCAUCACGGCCAACGCCUAGAUAAUAGCUCCUUGUUCAUCAUGCACAGCCGCAUAAUCCCACUUGCUGCUAAUUACAGAAAUUUUGAAGAUUGUUUCUUGUGGUCAUCAUAUUCUUUGAUCUAGGAUUAUAUUUACACUUUACAGUGACAUUUGCUAUGUUUAGGAAGGAGAAAUUAAAAAAACUUGUAUAUUUUCCAUCUUUCAAAUUAUAUGUGCUCCAUUUUUGUGUAAA